AUGGCUUCCCGACCAGAAUCAAUUUCUGGUGGAUGUGUCUGCGGCUCCAUCAGAUACAAAAUUGUGUUUCCUGAGGAAGCAUCAUGGCCCGCUAAUGCAGCGACAUGUCAAUGCUCUACUUGUCGCAAGUGGACAGGGGCAUUGAUCUCGCAUGAUCUACUGAUUCACCCAUCUCAGUUUGUUGACGACAUCACCAAAUCACCAACCUACAAGGAAUAUAAAUCCAGUCAAGAAGCAACACGAUCUUUUUGCUCCCAGUGCGGAAGUGGUCUCACCUGGCGCAUCGAUUCAGUGGACGAUAUGUUGGUCAUCAUGACAGGCACCAUUGAUGAGGAAUUCUUGAUUGGCAAGAAGGUUGAAGGUACCGAAGAGGAGACUGACCUGGGAAUCAAAUUUGAAAGACACGGCGGUUUGGCCAAAGAUCUCUGCACUCCCCAUAUGGGCAACUUGUUCUGGAACAAUGUGAUUCCCGGGAUAACUGACCACGAUGUCGGAGGAACCAAAUUCCCGCAAUCUUUCCCGCAAGAAUGA